AAACACCCUUUUAUUACAGGUCCCGAGUCAGAAAGGGCAACAAUUGAGGCCAAUCCUGUUAUGACAUGUGGCCUUGGCUCGAAAGCGUUUUGCUUAUCGGGUGCCGUACGGUUGUCCUGUGGAGACCGCAGCCCGCCCCGAUCCAGCGAGAAACUGAGAGGUCAUCAGCGUAAAUUUCGUCUUGGCCUUCCCAAUCCUGUCCAUCUAUUCUAGAUAUAUCCUCUCCCCCGCCAUGGAACUCUCGCCAUUCCCGCAUGGCUUCCUCCGCUUCCCGCCCUCUCCACCGAGACCUCUUCCUCUCUCGGAGCUUCUUCCCAUCUCCAAGCGGCUCCAAAGGCCACUCCAUUCCCCAUUUGUACCCUCUCUCGGCAACCACAGCUGCUCUCCUCCAUGAGUUCCCGAUGCUCUCCGUUGCUAGAUCGCACGCGAGCAACGUAGCUGAGAAAAUCCCCCAGAGAGAAGAGACCUGUGAGAGGAAUGCUAAGAACCACGCGAGACACAAGGACGCUGGCUCCCCGCUCCCGUCUCUGAGUUCGCUGGAUGAAAGGGUGGAGAGAAAUGAUCGAAAAGCUGAGAACCGUCCCGUGGUGAAGGAGAAAAUGGUAGAACUUGGAGCUGGGAAACAAAGGAUUAGGUCGAAAGGUAGAGGUUCCAGGUCGGGGACGUCUUCCUUCGGAUCAAGAGUUGAAGGGGGAGCUAGAAAAUCAAAAAAGAUCGAAACUUUGGGCAGAAGUCACGGGGAAAUGGAGGAGAAGAAAGGGAUUAAGAAAGCUGAGGUCAGUGCAGCAGAAGUUGAUCUGAGACUUGGGCUGGACAUGUGCUCCAAAACAGGGGACGUGAUGGGGGCGAUAUCUCUAUAUGACUCGGCUGUGAGGGAUGGCGUCAAGAUGGAGCAGUACCACUAUAACGUGUUACUUUAUCUGUGUUCUUCUGCGGCCAUUGGGGUCGUUCGUCCUGCAAAAAGUGGUACCGGUGGUAGUAGUAUCGCAUCCUUCAAAGAGGACGCAAGUGACUUGGAUCAAGACAGGGACUUGGCUGAUGGACGGAAUCCAAAAUGGCAGCUUUCAGGUGACAUCAGAGGAGAAGGUCAAUUACAAGAUGUUCUGCAUCAUUAUAGAACAGAGUUGAGGCGAAAAAAUCUGCCCAGGUUUGAUGUAGGCAAGAGCAGAGAUGAUCUCUUGGAUGGAACAAAUGAAAGUAGUAAGAAAUAUGGCGUUCCAAUUCAAUUUAGUGAUGAUGCCAGAGAAUAUGCACGAAGGAGGGGAUUUGAAAUCUAUGAAAAGAUGUGCUUGGAGAAAAUUCCUAUGAGCGAAGCAGCUUUAACAUCAGUAGCUCGAAUGGCAAUGUCGAUGGGUAAUGGAGACAUGGCUUUUGAGAUUGUAAAACAAAUGAAGGUGCUGGGUAUAACUCCAAGACUGCGGUCAUAUGGUCCUGCUUUAUUGGUCUUCUGCAAUGGUGGUGAUAUCGAGAAAGCAUUCGAGGUAGAAAAGCACAUGUUGGAGUCUGGGAUCCACCCUGAAGAGCCUGAACUGGAGGCACUUUUAAGAGCUACUGUGGCAGCUCGUAGAGGAGACAAGGUUUAUUACUUACUGCACAAGCUUAGAACUAAUGUGAGACAGGUUUCCCCACCCACAGCAGAAUUAAUUGAGGCAUGGUUUAAGAGUUCAACUGCUUCCAGAGUAGGAAAAAGGAAAUGGGAUGUAAAGAUGGUAGCACAAGCCAUACAGAAUGGUGGAGGGGGUUGGCAUGGGUUGGGUUGGUUGGGUAAAGGAAAAUGGACUAUGGCACAUACAAAUGUUGAUGCAGAUGGUGUCUGUUUGGGCUGUGGCGAGAAGUUGGUGACCAUAGACCUUGAUCCAAUUGAGACUGCAACUUUUGCCAAAUCUGUAGCUUCUAUAGCUAGCAAGAGGGAAAGGAAUACAAACUUUCAGAAAUUCCAAAAAUGGUUGGACUACUAUGGCCCUUUUGAAGCUGUUGUAGAUGCUGCAAAUGUGGGUCUUUUCAGCCAAAGGCGGUUCUCAAUAAAUAAGGUAAAUGCUGUUGUCAAUGCCAUACGCCAGAAACUUCCGUCAAAGAAAUGGCCGCUGAUAAUUGUGCAUAACAAACGGCUCAGUGGAGGCAAGAUGGACGAACCUAUCAACGGGAAGUUAAUAGAGAAAUGGAGAAAUGCAGAUGCUAUUUAUGCAACUCCUACUGGAUCAAAUGAUGAUUGGUAUUGGUUGUAUGCAGCUAUAAAAUGUAAGUGCUUGAUCGUGACGAAUGAUGAAAUGAGAGAUCACAUAUUCCAGAUCUUAGGAAAUGAUUUCUUCUCCAAAUGGAAAGAAAGGCAUCAGGUACGUUUCAGUUAUCAUGACGGCAAUUUCGAAUUUCACAUGCCGCCUCCUUGUUCUGUGGUUAUCCAGGAAUCUGAGAAAGGUCAUUGGCAUAUCCCCAUCUCAGUGGAACAUGAUGAAUCAGAGAGAGAGAGAACCUGGUUAUGUGUAACGCGUGCCCGCUCGCAUAUGAUGAUGGAAGAAUUGUCAAAUUCACCUAAAGAAAAACAACCUGAGAAGAUGGCAAUCAGUCCUACUUUAUACAUUGGAGCUAGCAACCAGAUCAGGUCUAGUGAAAGCCCAAAAGAGAAGGUCAUGAGAAGUCCCCAAAGAAAUAUAGCUGACAGGGAAAAUUCAAAUACAAUAAUAUCCAGUAUUGAGGCUGCCGAGGAAUUGUGUGGCUGUGUUAUUGAUUUCCAAAUCUAACAAGGACCAACAAGUUUUAAUCAGCAGACAUGAUAUGGCCUAUCAGCCAGGAAAAUUUGUUGUUAGAAGUCAGGAAAUAUUUCAGGUUCAUGAAAUCAAAUUUUCAAUUUUAGUGGUUCUUGUGUACAUAUUUACUUCUUUUUUGCCCCUUAAUUACCUCUAUCUUCAAGAGUAUAUGAUAUUCUUUUCUUCUUCUUUUUUUUUCCAAUGAUAUGAAACAUGAAACCCGCACUGAAAGUGCUUCGCUAUAUUUGUCUGUUGCAAAAAAAU